AUGGAGGCUCCGAUGGCAGCUCCUGGGGGGCACGGCUGGCGGCCUCGAGUGGCCGCGGGGUCGGGGUCGGCCGCAGAGCUCGUGUACCAUCUAGCGGGGGCCCUGGGCACUGAGCUUCAAGAGCUGGCACGCCGCUUCGGACCCGAGGCGGCCAGUGGGCUGGUGCCGCUAGUAGUGCAGGCGCUGGAGUUCCUGGAAAAGGCUGCGGUGGGGCCCGCACCAGACUCGCUGCAGGUCUUCGCGCAGCAGGCUGAACUGGAGCUGCGGCGGCUGCGGGAGGAGAACGAGCACCUCCGCAGGGAGCUCCGCUGUGGGCCACAGGAGGAGCGCGCUCUGCUGCGGCAGCUCAAGGAGGUGACAGACCGACAGCGAGACGAACUCCGGGCGCACAAUCGCGACUUGCUACAGCGCAGCCAGGAGACCGAGGCGUUGCAAGAGCAGCUGCACCGCCUCCUGCUGGUGAACGCGGAAUUGCGGCACAAGCUGGCGGCUGUGCAGACCCAGCUGCGCGCGGUACGAGACCGGGAGAGCGAGAAGGAGCUGCAGCGCGAAAGGUCCCCGGGACGAGCGGAAGAGCAGCCGCGAGACCAGGCCCAGGGGUCCGGUUGUGAGCAGAGGCAGGAGUCCGAGCCGCUGACUGCCAGCGCAGGAGCCCUGGGGACUCCUGAGGACCCAACAGAUGCCCCAGAGCAGCCAGGACGCCCCCUGGAGGCAGGCCAGUGCAGCUUCAGUCGAGAAGAGCUUGAGCAAAUCCUUCAGGAGCGGAAUGAGCUCAAAGCCAAUGUGUUCCUGCUAAAGGAGGAGCUGGCCUACUUCCAGCGGGAGCUGCUCACAGACCACGGGGUACCUGGGCUUCUGCUGGAAGCCAUGAAGGUGGCUGUCCGGAAACAGAGGAAGAAGAUCAAGGCAAAGAUGUUAGGGACCCCAGAGGAAGCAGAGAGCAGUGAUGAUGAAGAUGGCUCAUGGCUCCUGCUCCCCAGCGAUAAGGGAGACCAACCUCCACUCCCUGAGUCCAGAAUACAGAGUUUCUUUGGCCCGUGGUUUCGAGGUGAAGCAGAGGCUUCUGAAGCUGGGACCAGCAGCCCCACUCCCAGCAAGCAUCAGGGAGAAGAGGAAGCCCCAGAGCAACCCCACGUGGAGUCUGUGGCCAGCCCUACAACCCCUAGCACCUGA